AUGAAUCCUUCUACCGCUGAGAAAAGAGAAGCCAUGAUAAAACGAGUGAAUCCUUGUGCCACUGACAAGAGUGAAGCCAUGAUAAAACGAAGAAGAAUGCGAAGAAAUUCAUAUGGUGACACGCCAUAUGAAAUCAUACACAUUAUACUCUUGAGACUACCUGUCAGAUCUGUGUUGCGAUUCAGGUGCGUUAGUAAAUCAUGGCUUGAUGCAAUUUCCGAUCCCCAAUUCGCGAGAUCACGACUCAAUGAAUCAAUUAAGUUUGACCGUCAAAGUAUCAUCCGCUGGGGCUACAAUGGACGUAAUCACAAAAAUUUCGACUCCAUAGCCUAUGACUGCAGUGAUAAUUCACAGCAAAAACUAUGCUUUCCAUUUAAAAAGUAUAGGAAAGCUGCUGUAUUGAGUUGUUCUUGUAAUGGUUUAGUACUGUUGUUUCUGGACGACAUAUGUGUACUGUGGAAUCCAUCCACUGGAGCAUACAAAAGGUUCUCACGUCCUCCUAAAUAUCACAAUUAUCCACCACGUGGAUUUUGCUAUGAUUCUUUCCUGGAUGAUUACAAGGUGCUGUUUUUCCGUGCAAGAGAUUUUGUCGUUUACAGUUUCAAAAGUCAAUCCUGGACAGAGGCUAAGCACUUCCCUUAUUUGGGUUAUCGCAGUGGUUCUGGCGUUAUUGUCAAUGGAGCGUUACACAUGGUUGCUUAUAAAGCCUUGAUCAAUAAUAAUGAUAAUAGAGAGUCGUCGACCUCUGCUAGAGUUGGACCUCCCUCUCCCGGUAGAUUGGGCAUGGUUGGAACCUCUGAUCCACCAACUUUUAUGUUCGGUGAUUCCUACAAAGAACAUCUCCUCGUUUCUUGCAAUGCAAAACCCAUUACAAACCAAUCUAAGAAGCAAUAUGGGUGUGUGAUUGUUUACUUUGACAUGGUGGAUCACAAGUUCAAGGAGAUGCCAUCACCAAAUUGUAUAAAUGAUGGAGAUAUGUUUGAUUUGACGGUUUUGAAGGGAUGCCUCAGUUUAUAUUUUAGUACCAGUGAUAUGAACUAUUUUGAGGUGUGGACUAUGGAGCAAUAUGGUGAGCAUCAUUCUUGGACCAAGUUAAUUGUCAUCCCACACUGGAUAUGUGAGAGACAUAUAAGUUCUUUGAAGCUAUUGUGUGUUACCAAGAAAGGUAAAAUUGUGAUGAUACUUGAUGACAAAAAACUAUUCAUUUAUAAUCCCAAAAACAACACGUGCACUCGUCUUGGACAAACAGAGGUCGACGCUAGGCUACGGGCAGUUUCUAUUGUGGAUAGUUUGGUUUUUCCCAUUCCAACACCUCAAGGAAAAGGAAAGAGGAAAAAACCUACAAUUGUACGGAAGUCAAUCAAAUAA